CGCAGGGAUUACCUCACGCUGCGUGCGGAGGAUAAAACGGAGGCGGCGGCUUCGGCUCGGCGCUUUUCUGCAGCGGACGCCAGCGGAGCGUCAUGCCGAGCCGCGACGCGCGGAGCGCAGGAACUCAGCUGAUCGAUCAAAUCCGCUUCCACUGAUGUUUUCCUGCUCACGGGGAGUUUCAUGAUGGAAAAGUGAUUUUUGAGGGAUUCUGGACACGCAGUUUUGGAGACCGCCGGCGCGUAAAGUUGCCUUCUCUCCGCUCCGUGUGCGCGCUGAUCCCGCGGCUCGCCAUGGAUCAGCCUCAGCAGUGCGCUGCCGUGUGUCUGCUGAUGCUGUCUCUUGGACUCCUGACGGACAGAGCGAUCUGUCAGCACUUCUUCCUUCUCCGCCCCAUCCCCAGUGACAGUCUGCCGGUGGUGGACUUAAAGGAGGACCCGGAUCCGGCCUUUGACCCCAAGGAGCGGGACCUUAACGAGACCGAGCUCCGGAGCAUCCUGGGAGACUUUGACGGCCGCCUGCUGUCCGUGUCGCUCCCCGUGGAGGACAAACACUCCGGCUCCGACGAGUCGGAUCACUUCGACAUCCUGAAGGCAGGCGGAGUUCUGCCGAAGGAGAUCCGGGCGGUGGACUUCGACGUGCAGAUCGGCAAGAAGCACAAGCCGAGCAAGAAGCUGAAGCGGCGGCUGCAGCAGUGGCUGUGGGCCUACACCUUCUGCCCGGUGGUCCACACCUGGACCGACCUCGGCUGCAGGUUCUGGCCUCGGUACGUCCGGGUCGGUGGCUGCGUCAGCAAAAGGUCGUGUUCCGUUCCGGAGGGGAUGGUCUGUAGACCCGCGAACUCGACCCACCUGACGGUGCUGCGGUGGCGCUGCGUGCAGCGGAAGAGCGGGCUGAAAUGCGCCUGGAUCCCGGUGCAGUACCCGGUCAUCACGGACUGCAAGUGCUCCUGCUCCAGCUAGGACUGCUGGGAACUCUAACUUAUAAGCUCGGCCAUUUUAUCCUCUUUAUCCCCCCACCUGCACUAAAGAGUGUAAGAAUGUAUUUCUGUAUAUGUGUGACCAACUUCCUGUACAAAGUCAGUAUUAUUUGUAACCAGAGUCUACUUUAUUUGUGCAGAAUAUUGCUUUUAUAUAUUUUGUAUUUAUGGAGAAGUGGCGCACAGAGGCACACACGGACUUUGUGUUGCACGAAGCGGAUCAACCUCAGAGUUGAACUAUUGAUUAUUGAUACAAUCAUGUUUUAUCCUGUAAAUUUGGGAAAUGUACUAUUUAUUCUUUAUAUUCGUACAAU